AUAUAGUUUCUUUAAAUAUUUUGGCUGUAGCUAUAACAAUUACCACGUACUGCACAUCUGGCCCUUAGGGUCAAGUGGUCUUUUCACCACAUAAGAUGCAUUCCCCCCUUCCGGGCAGGGUUCAAAACCCACCCCAUGUAAUACUGUUCAAAAAAAUUACCACGUACUGCAAAGAAGUUUGUUUGUAAUAUGAAGGGUUCUCAGCUAUUAUGGUUUAGUCCAUCCAAGAAAAGCUCCCGUCGGUCUCUUCUUGGUUUACAACUAUUAACGCUGAAAGCGGGUUAUGCAGGAGAAAAAUCUACUAGUUAUGUUUACGGAAAUGAGCUUAAAAAGACCGAGCAAAAGUCAUGGCGAAGGCCAGAAGUGGAUCCAGCACCACCUCCAUCUCCAUGUUCAAAACAAAUUUGCGGAACCAAACCAAGAUGUACAUAUAUAUUGUCAUCCGGACAAUCAGUUAAUUGGGUGCAUAGCACCAGCUGCAACUACAAGAGAAAGUUAUGUAAGCCUUUUUUUGGGGGAACAAUACAAUUGGAGACCACAUAUGUGUCCGAUACUGAAAGAGGGAGCCCGAGAAGGAUUACGCACAUGUUGCUGUCUGGAGUCAAGUUGCACAGAGAAAGAGAACAGCGGGAACUCAUCAGUAAAAGAUCGGAAACAAAAGCCGAUGAAGAAGGGUCCCCAGGACUACAGAGGAAGAGAUGGAUUCUGUGUCAAUAUAGCUAUAGUAGGAAAAUGCGAGGAAAAUGAGCAAUAUAUAGAGAAAAAAGUUAUGAGAAAAUUGUUUUACAGGACAAUCUUGGGUACAGUGCUUGCAGUAGUGUUUUCUACCGAAGUUUUCAUCAAGAUUUCAACAGCAUUGACGGUGAUUAGUUAUAAAUUGUUCUUCUGGAUGGGGGCUCAAUGUUACGACCUUGGUGAAAUGGAAAAUGAUAUAGCGGAUGAAAACAAAACUGGUGAAACGGAGAAAAAAGAUAAAAAAGAUAAAAAGGGUGAAGAGAAAAUUGAUGGAAAUGUGGAAAGCAAAUUCCAGUUGCCUUAUUUCCAGAGAUUGGAUUCCAAUUAUAAUUCUGCCAGCAUGUUAUGGCUUCUGCUCCAGUUUCUUCUGUGGGGAAUGAUGAAAGGAAUACUGGAAGAAGGGUUAGAAGAAUUUCUCCAUGACCAUAUAGACAAUGACUUACAGGUACAAGCAGUGUGCGGAAUUGUGGAUACUAUAGGGAACUUCCUCAAGAGACAUGGCUUAGAGAACCGAGAAAGAAGAGACGAGUUCAAGGUGCCGAAAACCUUAGCUCUCUGCAUCAACAACUGUGGUCUCACCAGUAAUCUCGCUACCAAUAAUAUGUGCCAGAAAUGUUUCAACGCCACCACUGCUACCACCUCCUCAUCGCCCUCUUCCACCGCCAACAUCACAACUGCCGGGGCUGUUGCUGUCGGACCCUCAGUCUUAACAUUCUCAGGUGAGCAAUCCUCCAGAUCUGCGAAAACUCAUCUCUGCAACCAAAAAAAAAAAAUUGAAAGUAUGGGGUAUGAGUAAACAGGGAGGCAAAGUGGGCAAAGUUGUUCCCAUUGUUGCACAGGUGGCAGCACAUGUGAAAAAAAUAGAACAGUUUAACUGCU